AUGCCCUCAAUUGCUUUGGGGUAAGUUUACUUACAGAUGGGAUUUGUUUCUCAGUGCACUGAGUGCAACAAAUAAGUUAAAGGAAAAACAUGAUUCAAAUUAUUUCAUCAAAAAAAUUGUUGAAAAAAAUAUGCAGGUAUCUGAAAUUUCACAACCAUGUUACAUACUCCUGUCUUGAUUAACACAUGUAUCAACCAAAAAGAGCAUGCAUAGGUUCUCAGACUUGUCUAACAGCUAUAGAGACAGUAUUUUCUGUAAUUUUGAAGUUUGAAAACCCUUUUGAAAUAAGGAAAGGCACAAAACACAGUCACCUUUUGUUGAUUUUAUUUGAAGCCUUAAUGGUUCCAUUGAAAGUGUCCUUGUUGCUUGCAUAUUUUCCAGGUUCAGCCUGUUAUAAACAGAAUAUUAAGAUAGCAGCUUCUACCUGAUAAGUUUGAAUAUUCUCAUUACCUGUUUGCUGAAGAAUGUGUGGAUACUGUAGGGAGAAGUUUUAUGUUAAUCACUUAUGGGAGUUAAAGGGUUAACAGGGUUUUGUAAGUUUUGAAGUUGGAGGGAAGCUAUUAGAGACAAGGCAAGCAGGAAAUACUGUUGAUGUCUUCAUUUUCAAUUUGAAUGAAGUUGCCUUCCUGUAGGGUCUAUUAGUUUUUGCAAUGGGAGGGGCUCAAACUAGCACCUCUCUCGGUAAUGGAGCAUGGCAGGGUUUUCACAAUUUUUUUUUUUGAUUUUUCAAAUUAUCUCUUUCUUAUUGCAACAAAUUAAUAUUGAAUUUUAAAUGUUAAAUUAAUGUGAGGUUUUCAUAUGAUUGGUUUUACUGGGUACUCCUACAGGACAUGGAAAUCCAAGAAAGGUGAAGUAGGACAGGCAGUCAGGCUUGCUUUGCAGUAUGGGUACCGACAUAUUGAUUGUGCACAUGUUUAUCAAAAUGAAGACGAAAUAGGGGAAAGUCUUACUGAGGUGUUUAAAGAAGGAAAAGUGAAACGUGAAGAUAUCUUCAUUACAUCAAAGCUCUGGUAAAUAAUAACUUUCUAAACUUUCACUAUUUGUUCAAUGGGUGGAUUUCACUAUCGGCUGGAUAAAUCUUUAUCUGGUGGAUAGUGCAGUAUGUUUUGUAAACACUUAUCUGCUGGAUAACAAUUUAUCAGUCAGGUAGAAUUAUCCAUCCUUUGAACAACUGGGCUCUGAUGUUUAUUUCUGUUAUGCGCUGUAAGUAGCUGUAAUGUUUGGCAAGGCAUAUGGUAAUGUUGCAUGAAUUUGAUGGUUUUGAUUUUUGUCAUGGAUAUUAGUUAUCUUAGAGUGUUGUUUAUGCUUCUUAAAGCUUUCACAAAUAACCCAUGGGUAAGAUUUCAUUAUUGUAGACAUGGUGUGACACAGUUCACUAGAUUAAAUGCUUGAUUUGAAGGAAUAACUUCCAAAUGAGAAAAUAAAUGUUUUACUGUUUAAUUCUGUCUCAACUGGCUUUUACUGGUUUGUACUGUGGUUUUAUCUUGAUUAUUUUGUUUAAAAAUUAGGUGCAAUAGUCAGGCACCUGAGGAUGUUUUACCAGCAUGUGAGAUAACACUGAAAAAUCUGCAGUUGAAGUAUUUGGAUUUGUAUCUUGUAAGUAUAAAACUUAUCCAGACUAUGCUUUCCCCCUUGUCAUUUUUCUUGGUAAAGUUUUUUGAAAAUCUUCAUGUAUAAUGCUAUGAGGGAUUUUCCUUCUAAAUGCUAAUUUAUACCAGACUCAGUAGAGAUCUACAUGUAUCUAUCUUUAUUUGUCUCAAUAUGAAAUGAUAGUCUGGUCUCAAACUUGUAAGAUUUUAUUAAAUCAAUCCCUAACCCAGUGGAACAAGCUCUUGAGCAUUUCUGAAGAGGCACCCCAUUUAAUAUUCCAGUGUUAAUUUCAACAAUUUUUCAAUAGAUCCACAUCCCCCUUGCUUUCAAAAAAGAUGUCCCUUUUCCUCACUCAAAGGCAGAAGGGGUGAUAGGUUACUCACCCGAAGGCAUGGCCAAGACUUGGCAGGUAAGGUUGCUCAUAAUAGUAUAAGUGUGUUGGUAUCAUUACUAACAAUGCUUUGAUUUGACCAAGUUUGGCUGAACUGAAAAUAUAAACUAUAUGAUCCCACCUACCCUGUAAUAGGAGUGAUAUCCUUUAUUUGUGAGUGCAUGUGUGUGUGUAACAUUGAGCUUUCUCUUACAUCGUAUGAGAAGGACAUGUCUCUAGAAGAUUCUCUUGUUAAAGCACAACUUUCUUCUCUUUAAUCACACAACAGCAUUAUAGGAUUUAAACACAGUAAGGAUCUAAGUGACAAUAUUACAACACCACAACCAUCUGGUACCCUAUGCUCCAGGCAUUCUGCAAAAAACCCAAGCAGGAGUUGAUAUUAAACCUUUAACUCCCUAAUCAAAUUUGUAAUUCUUGUUACUGUCAACCACACAAUUCUUAUGAUGUUUGUUCAGAGAAUUUAGUAUUGGAUCAACUAAUCAUCUCCAAAUUGAUAUUUAACUUUCUCUAUUCUCAUUGUUUAUCUGGUUGAUAUUUUAUUAAUAUUGUGAGGAGAAAUUAUGUCUUGGUCACUCUUGGGAGUUAAAGGUUUAGCCUUUAACCCCAAGAGUGAGUAGCAGCUAAUUUCUCUGUCCAGUGUAACUGCUAAAUCAAACAGCAAGGUCAUAAGUAUAAAACCAACUAUGCAUGGGAGCUCUGGACUGUUGAUAAAAUUCUCCUCAUAAGUUCCAGAGGAAAUGUAUAAAGAACAGUAUGUAUAUGAAUAUGUAUUCUGAUGUCAGGGUGUAAAGGGUUAUAGAGCACAGCCACUUUGGUCAGAACCAGUACUGUCAGUUCUCAGGACUGGUCCAUUUUAUAUUCAGAUGGUAGAGCUUUUAUAACCUUUGAAGGAAGAGGUGUACAAAGUUGUAGCCUUGUGGAAUUUGAUGAAAAUAACAUGCUUUGGCCAGUAAUAUAAUGUAAUAAAUGUUUUUCCUUUCUACCACUUAAAAGGCAAUGGAGCAGCUGGUGGACAAAGGUCUCUGUAAAGCUAUUGGCAUCUCAAAUUUUACAAUUAAGAAGACACAAACUCUUUUGGAAACUGCCAGAAUAGUUCCAGCUUGUAAUCAAGGUAUGCUGGUGUUUGAUAUUUUUUUAUUUGCCUGUUUUUUAAGAUUAAAUUACAUUUAUUUUCUCAUUUGUAUGAUGGAGGUUUGGCUGGAAAGUUUUUGUUCAAGGAAUAAUUCAUCCCUAAUAACAGAUAUAACUUUCUCAAUACAAGGCAAAUGAAAUCUCUGUUUCUAAUUAGUGUCAUUCUCUCUCUAAAUUGUUAUCUUCAAUGAGUUCCCCCUCUACCCCUUAUAAUCAAUAUUAAAGCAAGUUACAAGCUUGUUAAUCAUAGAUGUACAUUUUUUCAAAGUUUGUGACUCUUCUGUCAGAUGUGCAAAAUUCAGUUUGUUCAGUUAAUUACUAUCAUUGCAACUGUCUUUAAAAUUAAGUUUGGAGGUUUAACUGAAAGUGUACAGUAAUUUUCUAUUUUUUUUUUCAAUAUGUGUUGGGAAUUCAAGAAUACAAUCUUUUGUACAAGAUGGGUGGUGUCUGCCUUAUUUUUCAUGCAUCUUAUGUACUUUGCCCAAAAUUUGAUUUUUCCCUUCUGUGAUUUGUCUAACAGUGGAAUUACAUCCAUAUUUACCUCAGCCACAACUAUUGCAGUUUAGUGCUGACAAAGGUUAGUUAAUAAUUGAAUGAAUUAAGUCUAUUUGAUGACUUGUGAUUACCUUUUCUUGAACCUCAAAGACAGAAAAGCCUGAUUUCCUGAUCUCUAACCUCAUUACAAUUUAAACAUAGUGCACUGUUGGUAUAGUGAAAUAACUUGGAAAAUUGAUAAGCAGACAAACAAGAACAUAAGGGCAUUAAAGUUUUUCAAAAUUAUCUUACAUGUAAGUGUGAACAAAUAUGUGGCAUUCUUCCUGUGUAAUGUGCUAGCACUGUUCACAUAGGACUGGAGGCUCCUCAGUGAUCACUUGGCUUUCAGGGAUGAUUGUUUGAGUGUAUAAAAUAUUGGGCCUUAGUUAACAAUUAUUCUCCAAAGUUGAAGUGAAUAUUGUUGAAUUAUCCCUAAGACAAAGUUGAGGGGAUUAUUCAACAAUAUUUAUCAAGCCUGAGGUGAAUAAUUGGUUUAGUAUAAUUGCUUAGGUGCUUUUGAGUUCUGUUAAAAACUUUUUUGUUGUUGAAACCAUUCUGUUACAAUUUUUUGUUGAUUACUUGUAUUGAGAUAAGAAGCCAGUUUCCACUAGAAUUUAACAGGUUUACUAAAUUCAAUCAGUAAAAACUUCAUAUCUUUCUUUGGAAAAGUAUUUCACCAAACUUAGUAACAUCUUUUAUGCUCUUCAAAAUUGUAUUUUCUUCUAUCACUUUAGUCACUUCCUCAGUAAAAGGCGAGGUAGCCAUUUUUAAAUUUAGCCUUCCCCCGCCACUAUUCCCCUACUAUAAUCACCUCGCGUAAGGUGAUUAUAGCGUGAUAUGAUGCAAUCAAUGACUAAUCAGAGUGUGCGCAUCUCAAUAAUCUCCAGAGCACAGAGUGUCCUGAAUUUAGCCUGCCACAAAUUAUAAAUAUUAAUGUCUCAUGUUCACUGUUUUGUAUCAUUUGUAUACUACUGUUACAAAUAACGGCUUUAUAGAUUGCUGUACAGUGAGUCUCCAAUUCUUCCAGUUUCCCUCUGGAUACUGAUAUGUUAUUUGGUAUGAUUAGGAAUAUUGUUUGUGCAUUUUAGGCAUUGUUGUGACGGCAUACUCUCCUCUGGGCUCUCCUGAUCGUCCUUUUGCCAACAAAGAUUCUGAACCUGUGAUACUGCAAAAUCCUGUGUUAAAGAAAAUCGCUGAAAAACAUGGCACCACUUCUGCUCUGGUGAGUUUGCCUCUUCUUCUGCUGUUCACAAGUAUAAUCUAUAGAACUUUACUUUGCUGCGGCCUAUGGAUAAUUGGCCCAAUUAUUCAGUAUCAUAAACCUUAAACUCUCAAAUGUGAUUAAAAUAGAACUUCUCCUUACACUUUUAAUACACUUUCUACCAAAUGCUUGGUUUUUGAUUCUCUGAAAAAAUUGAUGAAGAAAUUCAUUUUAUUAGAUCGCUCUUGCCUUUUGAAUAUGUUUUAUGUGAAUAUUAUAACGUGAAGGGUUUUCUGAGAUUUUCUAAUCCAAAGAAAAACAAGAGCUGGCAUGAAGCAGAGCAUUAUAGUGUGGGGUGUAUAGGUUUUUAAGCUUUUUUAAAGGGUUUUUUUUUGUGUGUGGGGGGGGGGGCUUUUUUGGGAUUUUAAGACUUAAAAGUUCUUAUCUUUAUUUGUUUGGAAUACAGAUCGCUUUAGCCUGGGGUAUCAAGCGUAACACUCCAGUCCUCCCAAAAGCCGUCUCUGAAAACCAUAUCAAAGAGAACCUUGAAGCACUUCAUGUAAACUUAGAUGAGGAUGACAUGAAAGCGAUUGAGAAUAUUGGAAUACGCCACCGUUAUCUCAUGCAGGCGUGGAUGUUCAAGCCGGAGGAAGUUCCUGAGAAUUACUGGGAUGGCGAAGAAUGAUUGGCUACUGAACAACAACUUACGGAUAGCUUCAUGAGUGAAAUUUAUAGGACAGCAUGCAAUUAUUGUGGGAGUUUUUCAAUUUUAGAGCAGCGAUUAAUUUUUUUCUCUUAUUUAUUGGAAGGAAAAUCUUCGUUUUUGUCAAUUGACUUCUCGCGCUUCGGAAAAAACAUAUCUCGUACUUCAACCUUUCAUCGUAGAUGUUGGUUAAGGGCACUAGAUGUUAUAAAUGAUUCAAACAACAGGUUUUUUUUUUAAGAAACUAGUCUCUCGAAUCGCCACGAGUUUACCAAUGGACCGCCGGGCUGGCAGUAAGUUUGUAACAUUCUUCUUUUUGAAGAACAAUUGAGUGUUUGUUAUUUGCCUUCUAGAAAGUGAAAGGUAGAUUAUAAACACCUUGGAUUUUAUGAAGAGUAACCAAAUAUAUAUUAAAUUAGGAUUAUGAUGCAGUUUACUUUUAUGACUAUCCUACAAAAACAAGACCUUUUCCAUUAAAUAACAUGUUAUCCUUCUACAUAAUUUCCCGCUUAAGUCAAUACAAGACACUUGUUUUACCUCUUAGAAGAAGUAAAGACGCUUUGCCUCGAAGCACACGAUAGCUUAUGCUUUACAAACUCAUUAAAAGAACACACUUUUUACUCACGGUUUUCAUUAACGUGAAACCUCCUUCCUUCACGUUGAAAACGGCAGAGAGCAAACGGCGUCAAAUAUGGCGGAAAAAAAAUUGUUCACCUGGUCAUCUUUGUCUUUCUCUUUUGCCGUGAAAGUCAUGGUUAACCUCCCUCUUCGCUUGUUUUAUCACUGAAUUGUCCUUUUCGACGAAAAAAAAAAUGCUUAAAAGUUAACUCAGUUGUAGGGCAUAUACGUCAUGCGUCAUUAUGUGACUAUGAAGUCAUUGUAAUUAGUGAUUUGACGUCAUCAGCUUAAUGAAGUCAUAAAAAUUUAACGAAGCUAUUAUUAAACCAAUCAAAACUAUAACAAUUCUCGGACAUGAUUGGUUAUCAGUCCGAUUUGAGCACUAACUGGACAGCGUAGACAUCAUGCCUGUAAUUAGACAUUACGUGUCAAAUGCGCGCACCGUUGUCGUGCAUUUCACAGAGUUGUUUCUUAUGAAAACGUAUAACCGAUGGUUGGUUUCUUUCUCAAAUUUUGUCAUAGUUUUGAUUAAUUGGUGCGUUAAUUUUGAG